CUUUAAUGGUCCUCACAAUGGACACUUGUUUGAUUUCUUGCUAUUGUAAAAAAAAAAUUCUCUAGUGAAUACCCUUGAACAAUCUUUGUCAACAAGUCUGUAAUAUGAGUCUGUUAUUGACUAAUAGUAGUUGUAUAUUUUGGGUGUUACUGUGCUGAUUAUGUGUAAUAGAUGUUUUUCCCAGUGUACUUACUUUGCUGGUUUUAUGAUUGUUCUAAAUAAUAAUGUAAUUAGUUUCUUAUUUUUUUUUUUCCUUUGUCAUCUGUGUCUAAUGGUUUUCUGGUAAUUCUAACCUGUUCAUUUCCAUAGAGAUAUUUUCACUUCCAUUUUUAAUUGCCACAUGUAGAACACUUUGUUCCAUAGAAUUCCAUAGUGAGUGUUACUAUGUAAAGCAUUGUAAUAGUAUGUAAUGAUUACAAAAGGAUAGGUGACCAUUUUGAUUGUGAAUUUCAGAAUUCUGAAAUAAAUGUAAUGUAUUCUGGAAAAGCUUUUGGGUUUUCUUUAUGGAAUCACUUAGGUAUUCCCUGUGAAUUCAGUGUUAACAGGUAACUAAAUGACCAUGGAAUCUGCAGCAGAGAACCAGCAGAGUGGAGAUGCAGCUGUAACAGAAGCUGAAAACCAACAAAUGACAGUGCAAGCCCAGCCACAGAUUGCCACAUUAGCCCAGGUAUCUAUGCCAGCUGCUCAUGCAACAUCAUCUGCUCCCACGGUAACUUUAGUACAACUGCCCAAUGGGCAGACAGUUCAAGUGCAUGGAGUUAUUCAGGCGGCCCAGCCAUCAGUUAUACAGUCUCCACAAGUCCAGACAGUUCAGUCUUCCUGUAAGGACUUAAAAAGGCUUUUCUCCGGAACACAGAUUUCAACUAUUGCAGAAAGUGAAGAUUCACAGGAGUCAGUGGAUAGUGUAACUGACUCCCAGAAACGAAGGGAAAUUCUUUCAAGGAGGCCUUCCUACAGGAAAAUUUUGAAUGAUUUAUCUUCUGAUGCACCAGGAGUGCCAAGGAUUGAAGAAGAGAAGUCUGAAGAGGAGACUUCAGCACCUGCUAUCACCACUGUCACAGUGCCAACUCCAAUCUACCAAACCAGCAGUGGACAGUACAUUGCCAUUACCCAGGGAGGAGCAAUACAACUGGCUAACAAUGGUACCGAUGGGGUACAGGGCCUGCAGACAUUAACUAUGACCAAUGCAGCUGCCACUCAGCCGGGUACUACCAUUCUACAGUAUGCACAGACCACAGAUGGACAACAGAUCUUAGUGCCCAGCAACCAAGUUGUGGUUCAAGCUGCCUCUGGAGAUGUACAGACAUACCAAAUUCGCACAGCACCCACUAGUACCAUUGCCCCUGGAGUUGUUAUGGCUUCCUCCCCGGCACUUCCUACACAGCCUGCUGAAGAAGCAGCACGAAAGAGAGAGGUCCGUCUGAUGAAGAACAGGGAAGCAGCACGAGAGUGUCGCAGGAAGAAGAAAGAAUAUGUGAAAUGUUUAGAAAACAGAGUGGCAGUGCUUGAAAACCAAAACAAGACACUGAUUGAGGAGCUAAAAGCACUUAAGGACCUUUACUGCCACAAAUCAGAUUAAUUUGGGAUUUAAAUUUUCACCGUUAAGGUGGAAAAUGGACUGGAUUGGCCUCAACCAGAAAGACAAAAUAAACAUUUUAUUUUCUAAACAUUUCUUUUUUUUCUAUGCGCAAAACUGCCUGGAAGCAACUACAGAAUUUCAUUUGUGCUUUUGCGUUAAACUGUGAAUGUUCCAAUACCUGCCUCCACUUCUCCCCUCCAGAAACUGUCAGCACCAGGAAUCAUGAAGAGACUUCUGCUUUUCAGCCCUGCCCUCCUCAAGAAGUAAUGAUUGGUUUACUUGUAAAUUGAUGGGGGAAAUGAGAAAAAGAAAAUCUUUUUAAAAAUGAUUUCAAGGUUUGUGCUGAGCUCCUUGAUUGCCUUAGGGACAGAAUUACCCCAGCCUCUUGAGCUGACGUAACGUGUGGGCCGCAUGCGUAAAGUAAGUAAGGUGCAAUGAAGAAGUGUUGAUUGAUUGCCAAAUUGACGUUUCCACAUUUUCAUUGUGAAUUAUGUAAAAUGGUUAGGAGAUACACCCUCUAAAAAAGAAAUGUUAGGAUGGUGUGUAAGAAGUUAAGAAUGGAUUUGGGAUGCUUUCUGUGUACAUUCUUCUCUGCAAUACUGAAAAAUUGUCCUUAGUUUCGUAGAACAAUGUCUUUUCUCCAGCUCUUCCACAGGGCAGUUGUUGCUUCUUAACUCAGUUCUGUAUGUGUUCAACAUUUUUGAAUACAUUAAAAGAAGUAACCAACCAAAUGAAAAAGCAUGGUUUUUGAAUUAAAUCAAAGGAAAUAAAAAUACAAAUUUUAUUUUAGUUAGCACUAGAGUCUUAGUAAAAGGAUGCCAAUUAGUAAACAAACCCCUUCAGUUACAUAACAAGGCUUUUAAAUAAAUGUUUCUGUCCUCACCUUCAAAUAUAUUUAUAUUGUCAGUUAUUUACUUAAAAUUACAUUUCUAAUUUACAGUUCCCCUUUGCACUUACAGUAAACCACCAACGGGAUAGCCUUGAGAAUGUUAAAUAAAGCAAAGUGAUAUAUUUGUUUAUGAAAUGCUGUGUAAUAGAAAAAUAGCAAUUUUAAAUCUUUUCCAUAUUAACAUACUUUUAACAAUCUAGUGAGUUUUGUAAAUGAGAGUAGGGUUUGAUGUACUCAAGGAAAGUAAUAUUCUUAAGACACAUUUGAAUGUCUGAUAUCCUGUAAUAUUUGGAUCCUCAUUCUUGCAGAAAUGUUUUUUGUUGUGUUAUAUUCUAAAAAGAAUAGUUAUACUUUAGCUUUCUAAAAUGCUGUCUAGCCUUUGUUGUUUUACAAAGGGGUCGCCUGUUUGAACUCCUGACUGUUACAGUCUGUGUGUGUCAUACUUUAUUUUCAGUGUCACUGUUAACUGCUAAUUAUUCAUUCAUAAGACUGGUAAAUGUAGUCAUUACCCUUUUAAAGAUUGGAGCCUGAUGUAAUUAAUGUUAGAUUAUAAUUUCUCAUUUGAGAAGGAAAUUACUUUUUUUUAAAAAAGUUACAAAAUUAUGUGUUCUGUUUAGUCAUGGGUUAUUUAAGAAAGUUUAGGUUUUCUUUUU